UAAUGUUGACACAAGCAGUGUGAAACCUGUGCUUGUUCAAGUCAGGCGCAUAAAGCCUAGGAAGCAUAGAGAUUUUCUUAGCAUAGCAACUAUCAGCCAUGUUGCGGGUGUGUGAGAAACUCCGUGAGGCGGACGAGAAGGGCAGGAGGUACGGACUAGCCCGUGCGGAGACAGGCUACCUCCGUGCCCUGGUGGACGCCAUGGCCGACACGGACAGGCUGGCGGAAGUGGAGCUGCUCAAAACUCUGGGCGACGUGAACUUGGAGAAGGGAAGACUCGGGAAGGACGUAGGGAAAUUCAACACGGCCUUGGCGCUUUAUCUGGCUGCUAUGGUACGGUGUUACCAUGAAGAACAGGCAGAUGGUAUAGAACACCGCUACCACUACACGGAGAGACUUUUACAAGGGCUGUCGUCAAAGGAACAGCCAACUGAAGACAAGGGGACGACUACACCUGCAAAGGUAGCGGAAAAGUUUCAAUAUCUGGACAAGAGACGGGCUACCGAAGGUAACACGGACUCUUUGCUGGUUGGAUACGGACAGGUGAUGGUAGAGGCGAUAGUAAACGACAACGACAUGUUAGAAACAGAAGCGAUCAAGAGUCUGGGUGACGUGUACCUAAAAAGAGGAACAGAAACUGGAGACACUAGAAACUUGACCAGAGCUACUGCUCUGUACAACAGGGCACUGGCGCGGUGUCACAACGUUCAUGGAACAGUUGUCAUUGUUCACCGCUUGCUGCACACCGCAAAAAUCAGACAAGACGUGAUCACCACAAGAAACAAGAGGCCAACGCAUAAGCAACGACAACGAGACGUGAGAGGACGGAAGGGCAACUUCUCUCCCUUCUCAGCUGCGCCCUCUAGCGACGGAACCACCUGUCAAGUUGACGACGAUAUAUCCUACCGCAGAUACAUUCAGACGGCAGAAAGUGAUGUGAGAAAUGGAGACCUGGACGCAGCAGAGCAGAACUUAGCAGCCGCACUAAAACUUGUUCACGAUCGCGAUAAGCCCAACAUGGUUAAAGAAGCCGACUGUCUGUGCAGGUUGGGUGACGUCUACGUCGAGCAAGGUAAGCGGACAGGAGAAGGUAGGAAAUUCACACAGGCGGCAGCUCUGUAUAACGCCUCCAUGGCUAGAACAGAUGGAGACAAACAGAACAUGAUCACAAGACUGCAAGAAACAGAAAGGCAGUUCCUUAGAAACACCUGUAACCUUGACUGUGAACCGUGCCCGUAUAGCAGCGCGUUAGAUCACAGAAAGGAACUGGACAACUCGCGCGCCCGUGCAAAAUCUCAGCUCGAAACAAUUCAUCAGGAACACAACCCUUAUCAGUAUGAUGAAGAUGAUCCCAUAGUAAGAGAGGUAGAGAUCAAACGAGCAGAAGCAAUCAAGAACUUGUUCAAAAGCAUCGCAGUUGGAAGACAAAGGUUUAUCUAUGUUCUGACAGAUGAAUGCAUUGCCAUUCUUGGACCUCCUCCCUGUAAGUACGCUUUCAUCGGGUUGGGAUCACAGGCCACAGAACUGGUGACGCCGUACUCUGACCUGGAGUUCUCCAUUCUGAUUGAGGAGGGGAAGGAUGAUGAUGACACACGGAGGUACUUCCUAAAUCUCACUCACUACUUACAUCUAAAAGUCAUCAACCUUGGGGAAACCAUCCUCCCAGCCAUGGCCAUCCCGUCACUCAACGACUUUCUCUCAGAAGACUCGGAGAAAGACUGGUUCUUCGACUCCGUCACACCUCGCGGCUUCGCCUUCGACGGCCUCAUGCCAUGGGCUUCUAAAACUCCCUUUGGAAGAGACGAAACCAAAAGCAAACCUCCCGUUAGUCUCAUCCAGACUCCUGCCAAGUUGGCCGAAUAUCAGCAUCUGCACAUCGCCCUGGCGGAAGGCUAUCACCUGUCAGAUAUCCUCAGACGGGUGACCUACUUAGCAGGAGACGAGUCUUUGGUGGAUGAUUAUACGGACAGAGUCAACAAAAUCGUAGACCGUUCCCCUGUUCUCUCACGGUUGUCAGCAACGCUGAUACUGACGGAUAAUAUUGGGCAAAUAGAAAAUGUUCAACCUACGGGACAGCUUCUGGAUGUGAAGAAAGAAAUAUAUCGUUUUCCCAGCGUGGCCGUUGAUGUGUUGAGUAUUUGCUGCGGUAUUACGAUUCCCAGUGUGUGGGCAAUGAUAGAAGAGUUACGCAAAACACAGCGGAUCAGUCACGAAGAUGCCCACCACUUGACUGUACUGAUCAGCAUCUCAGCGGAGCUACGAUUAAGAACGUACAUUGCCAACGGAGAACAGAAGGACAGACUGUCUCCUCUCACGGAGAUGAAAGUCCAACUGGACAAACAUGACGUAGAUGACACUUCCGUUCAGUCAGUUUUCUACAUACCGGACUCUAAAAUGUUGUUCAGGUACUAUUAUACAGCUAUUCCAUUAAAACGAUGCAUUUCGGAUACAAUCGCAGAGAAAAAUGCAACGACAAAGAUAUUCCCAACAGCAAUCUUUGACACCUCAUUUCAAAUCAGGGGUCAAAUAAAACGAGAGCUGUUGCAGUUAGACGCAUCCAUACGUAAUUUUGAGGCAGCACUGGAAGAGGCGGACGGUGACGAGAAAAAACAAUUAGUAAUUCUUUUUGACCUAGGCAAUGUCUCGCACAGGCGCGGUGACUAUAGGAAAGCGAUCACCUACUGCAAACGGGCACUUAGCAUCGGAAAGGAUAUCUAUGGUGAAACAACGCCACAUCCCGACAUUGCUUCAUCACUAAACAACAUUGGCAAUUGUUGGAGAGAGCUUGGUGAUCACAAAAAAGCUACCAGUUAUCACGAACAGUCACUGAAGAUGAGGAAAGCUAUCUAUGGCGAAACAACGCCACAUCCCUCCAUUGCUUCAUCACUGAACAACAUUGGCUCAUGUUGGAGUGAGCUUGGUGAUCAGAAGAAAGCUAUCAGUUAUCACGAACAGUCACUGAAGUUGAUGAAAGCUAUCUAUGGUAAAACAACGCCACAUCCCUACAUUGCUUCAUCACUAAACAACAUUGGAGUAUGUUGGAGUGACCUUGGCGAUCAGAGGAAAGCUGUCAAUUAUCACGAACAGUCACUGAAGAUGAAGAAAGCUAUCUAUGGUGAAACAACGCCACAUCCCGAAAUUGCUGGAUCACUAAAUAACAUUGGGUCAUGUUGGCGUGACCUUGGUGAUCAGAAGAAAGCUGUCAGUUAUUACGAACAGUCACUGAAGAUGGGGAAAGCUAUCUAUGGCGAAACAACGCCACAUCCAGACAUUGCUUCAUCACUUAACAACAUUGGAGCAUGUUGGAGUAGCCUUGGCGAUCAGAGGAAGGCUAUCCGUUAUUACGAACAGUCACUGAAGAUGAGGAAAGCUAUCUAUGGCAAAACAACAGAACACCCCGACAUUGCUUCAUCUUUAAACAACAUUGGCAACUGUUGGGGUGUCCUUGGUGAUAAGACGAAAGCUAUCAGUUAUCAUGAACAGUCACUGAAGAUGAGGAAAGCUAUCUAUGGUGAAGCAACGCCACAUCCCGACAUUGCUUCAUCACUGAACAGCAUUGGCUCAUGUUGGAGUGACCUUGGCGAUCAGAGGAAAGCUAUCAGUUAUUUCGAACAGUCACUGAAGAUGAAGAAAGUUAUCUAUGGUGAAACAACGCCACAUCCCUCUAUUGCUUCAUCUUUAAAUAACAUUGGCAAGUGCUGGAGUGACCUUGGUGACCAGAAGAAAGCUCUCAGUUUCUACAAACAGUCACUGAAGAUGAUGAAAGCUAUCUAUGGUGAAACAACGCCACAUCCCUCUAUUGCUUCAUCUUUAAAUAACAUUGGCAAGUGCUGGAGUGACCUUGGUGAUCAGAAGAAAGCUAUCAGUUUCUACAAACAGUCACUGAAGAUGAUGAAAGCUAUCUAUGGUGAAACAACGCCACAUCCCGACAUUUCUUCAUCACUAAACAAUAUUGGUAAAUGUUGGAGUGACCUUGGUGAUCAGACGAAAGCUAUCAGUUUCUACGAACAGUCACUGAAGAUGAUGAAAGCUAUCUACGGUGAAACAACGCCACAUCCUGACAUUGCUUCAUCACUAAACAACAUUGGGGCAUGUUGGAGUGACCUUGGUGAUCAGAAGAAAGCUAUCAGUUUCUACGAACAUUCAAUGAAGAUGAUGAAAGCUAUCUAUGGUGAAACAACAGAACAUCCCUCCAUUACUUCACCUUUAAACAACAUUGGCAUCUGUUGGAGUGAGCUUGGUGAUCACAAGAAAGCUAUCAGUUAUCACGAACAGUCACUAAAGAUGAGGAAAGCUAUCUAUGGUGAAACAACGCCACAUCCCGACAUUGCGUCAUCACUGCACAACAUUGGGGCAUGUUGGAAUGGAAUCGGUGAUCGGAGGAAAGCUAUCAGUUAUUUCCAACAGUCAUUGGAUAUGAUGAAAGUUAUUUACGGGGACAACACAUCACAUCCAAAUAUAGAAGUAGCACUAAACAACAUCCGAGUAUGUAAAAAGGCCCUCCGCGAUUAGAGUAAAGCCGUCGAUUAUCGCAGAUCCUUAAGAUUAGUUAACUUAAAAUUAGUUAACUAAGGAAAUACCAUGGUACUUCCCAGUGUCUGUCUUAUUAAUAUAUAGCUUUGUUUCUCACAAACUGUAUAAAAUAUAAUAUAUGGCAACUCCUUUUACUUCAAAUCAAAGCAAUUCAAGGAAACUAAGUUAAAACGUACCAUAUACAAUAGACUAUGUAGCAUGGUAAUGUAGACUU